UGCAUUUUGUCAACAUUUGAUGUCCUAUUAUCCUAAUUAUUCAAUUAUUUAUCGACCGAAAUUGAUGUGAAAAUGCAUUUCAUAUUUUAAUUCUCACCUAUUUGACUGUCUGUAUGGCGUGACAGACUUGAACGUGUGAAAAGUGCACUUUAAUCCGUUAUAUUUCAUGACGACUUUGACAACUUGCUAAAUAAAAACACGUAUUGCUGAGCAAACAAAGUAAACUUAGUCUAGAAACUAGAAUAACAUGCGAUUUAUGGGACUUUUGAAGCCGCAAUAGCAUAAGAAAAUCUGUAAAAACAUCACAAUGAACUCUGAGAGUCUGCAAAACUUUAUCAUUUUUGUCGGUAGUUUUGCGUUUUUUGCCACGUUAACGUUCUGCAUUUGCGUCAAGUUGAUUGUAAGAUCACGACGAAAGGAUGCCCGGAAGGACACGAACGUCAGUUUGCACGUCGGAUUCUUCCAUCCUUACUGCAAUGCCGGUGGUGGCGGAGAACGGGUACUUUGGUGUGCCAUACGAUCGAUUUUGAAGCGAUACAACAAAGUUAAAGUAGUUGUUUACACCGGAGACGUUGAUGCACCUCCAGCGAAAAUUCUUGCCCGAGCUAAGAACUCCUUCAAUAUCGUGCUGGAUGCCAAACGCAUAGAAUUUGUCUAUUUGAACUACAGAAAAUGGGUAGAAGCCGAAAAAUAUCCGUACUUUACGUUAUUGGGUCAAAGUAUUGGGUCCAUGAUGAUGGGAUUAGAGGCGCUAAUCAAGUAUCCGCCAGAUAUAUUUUUCGACACCAUGGGAUAUGCUUUCGUGUAUCCAAUAUUCAAGUAUUUCGGAAAAUGUCCGAUUGCAUCUUAUACGCAUUACCCUACCAUCAGCACUGAAAUGCUAAAGAGAGUGCAAAAUCGAGUUGUUGCUCACAAUAAUAGCAAUUACGUUGCUACCAAUCCCUUCCUGACCUGGAUAAAGCUAGUUUACUACCGGAUUUUUGCUCGUCUUUACAGCUUCGUGGGACGCAAAGCUAAUGCCAUUAUGGUUAACUCAAGUUGGACGGAAAAUCACAUUUUGAAUUUGUGGAAUGUCCCGUACAAAACUCAUCGCCUUUAUCCACCGUGUGAAGUUACGCAUUUGAAAAAUUUACAGCCCGCACACUUGGACGAUCAGAUUGUCAUUUUGACUGUCGGACAAUUUCGUCCCGAGAAAGAUCAUCCACUCAUGCUCCAAUCCAUGUACGAAUUGAGGACGUUGCUGAACCAUAACGAAGCCCUUUGGAGCAGAGUAAAACUCUUGAUUGUAGGAUCUUGUAGGAAUGAAGCUGACGAAGAACGCGUAAAAAACAUGAAAGAUCUCACAAGACACUUGUCACUAGAAAAUAAUGUCGAAUUCAAGGUGAAUGUCUCGUAUUCGGAGCUAAUUCAAUGUUAUCAGUCCGCCACUAUCGGCAUUCACACAAUGUGGAACGAGCAUUUUGGCAUCAGUGUCGUUGAAUGCAUGGCAGCAGGACUCAUUAUGGUAGCAAAUCGUUCGGGCGGUCCCUUACUGGAUAUCAUUGAGACAUCAGAGGGUAGUCGGACCGGGUACUUGGCUGUAGACGCAAUGGACUAUGCCCAUUGCCUUGCUGCUAUUUUAUACAAUUCCAAAGAGGACAACGAUGCAAUUCGCAAACGAGCUCGUGCUUCAGUUGACCGAUUUUCCGAACGUGAAUUCGAAAAUCAAUUUUUACGCAUUGUCAGUCCCUUGUUUGAAUAAAUAAAUAUU